CCUCCAGCGCCCCCCCCCCAACCUCCCGCACCUCCUUCUCGGAUGUCGUCUCUGUGGGGCCCUGCGUCCAGCUUCGUCUGUUGACGGCGGCCAUGUCUCAGCCCGAGGGCGGAGCGGAGCUGCUGGUCCAGGGGGGGAGCGCCAGGUUCCUGAUGGGCUCCGAGGAUGUGGAGGACGGAGCGAUGAGGAGCGAUAUGGGACUGGACGAGGACGAGGACGACGAGUUGCUGUCCGAGCGGCAGAUCGUGGUGGGCAUCUGUGCCAUGAUGAAGAAGUCCACGUCCAAGCCCAUGACGCAGAUCAUGGAGCGGCUCUGUAAGUUUGAGUACAUCACUGUGGCCAUCUUCCCCGAGGAGGUCAUCCUCAACCAGCCUGUGGAGAAGUGGCCUCUCUGUGACUGCCUCAUCUCGUUUCACUCCAAAGGAUUCCCACUGGACAAAGCUGUGAGUUAUGCCAAAUUAAGAAAUCCUCUCCUUAUCAAUGAUCUCAACAUGCAGUACUUCAUCCAAGACAGGCGUGAAGUGUACCGGAUCCUGCUUGAGGAGGGGAUUGACCUGCCACGCUAUGUGGUGUUAAACAGAGACCCUGACAGACCAGAAGAAUGUAACCUGCUGGAGGGCGAGGACCAGGUGGAGGUGAAUGGAGAGGUGUUCCCGAAGCCUUUUGUGGAGAAGCCGGUCUCCGCCGAGGACCACAACGUUUACAUCUACUACCCUACCUCAGCUGGGGGGGGCAGCCAGCGCCUCUUCAGAAAGAUCGGGAGUCGCAGUAGUGUGUAUUCCCCUGAGACCGCUGUGAGGAAGACGGGCUCUUAUAUUUACGAGGAGUUCAUGCCUACUGAUGGCACAGACGUCAAGGUCUACACUGUGGGUCCAGAUUAUGCGCAUGCGGAGGCUCGUAAGUCUCCAGCUCUGGAUGGAAAGGUGGAAAGAGACAGUGAGGGGAAGGAGAUCCGCUACCCUGUCAUGCUCACCGCCAUGGAGAAGCUGGUGGCUCGCAAAGUGUGCCUUGCCUUCAAACAAACGGUGUGCGGUUUCGACCUCCUCAGAGCCAACGGCCACUCCUUUGUGUGCGAUGUCAACGGGUUCAGCUUUGUAAAGAACUCCAUGAAGUACUAUGAUGAUUGUGCCAAAGUUCUUGGGAACAUGAUCAUGCGGGAACUGGCCCCUCAGUUUCACAUCCCCUGGUCAAUCCCGAUGGAGGCUGAGGACAUUCCCAUAGUGCCCACUACCUCAGGAACCAUGAUGGAGCUGCGCUGUGUCAUAGCUGUUAUCCGUCAUGGAGACCGCACACCCAAACAGAAGAUGAAGAUGGAAGUGCGGAAUGCUCUGUUCUUUGACCUUUUUGAGAAGUAUGGUGGAUACAAGUCUGGAAAGCUGAAAUUGAAAAAGCCAAAACAACUUCAGGAAGUGCUGGAUAUUGCCCGUCAGCUGUUGGUCGAGCUUGGACAGCACAACGAUUGUGAGAUCGAGGAGAAGAAGUCCAAACUGGAGCAGCUGAAGACCGUUCUGGAGAUGGAAUCCAGCGUGAAUGACAAUCAGUACGGACAUUUCUCAGGGAUCAACAGGAAGGUGCAGCUGACGUACCUGCCCAACGGUCAGCUCAAAGCCUCCAGUGAGGAAGAAGACUCUCAGAGGGAGGGCCCGUCCCUGCUGCUGGUGUUGAAGUGGGGAGGUGAACUGACCCCUGCAGGCAGGGUGCAGGCUGAGGAGCUGGGCAGGGCCUUCCGUUGCAUGUACCCUGGAGGACAAGGUGAUUACGCUGGCUUCCCUGGUUGCGGCCUGCUGAGACUCCACAGCACAUACCGCCAUGACCUCAAGAUCUACGCCUCAGACGAGGGCCGUGUGCAGAUGACCGCCGCUGCGUUUGCCAAGGGUCUGCUGGCCCUCGAGGGCGAACUGACCCCCAUCCUGGUGCAGAUGGUGAAGAGUGCCAACAUGAACGGCCUGCUGGACAGUGACAGCGACUCACUGACCGACUGCCAGCAGCGGGUCAAAGCCCAUCUGCACGAGAUAAUGCAGCGGGAGCGCGACUUCACCAAGGGGGACUACGAGAAGCUGGCUCCUACAGGCAGCCCAUCCCUCAUCAACUCCAUGAAGAUCAUCGGCAACCCAGUGAAGACCUGUGAUCUGGUCUACGCCUUAAUCCAGAGUCUCACGCGCCAAAUCCGUAGGAAACUGGAGGAUCCCAAAUCUGCAAACCUGCAGCUGUACCACAGCGAGACGCUGGAGCUCAUGCUGCAACGCUGGUCCAAACUGGAGCGGGACUUCCGCACCAAGAGCGGCCGCUACGACAUCAGCAAGAUCCCCGACAUCUACGACUGCAUCAAGUACGACACGCAGCACAACGCCUCCCUGGCCCUGGAGGACACGCUGGAGCUCUUCCACUUGUCCAAGGCCCUGGCGGACAUCAUCAUCCCCCAGGAGUAUGGCAUCAGCAGGCCAGAGAAGCUGGACAUUGCCAGCGCCUACUGCCUGCCCCUGACCAAGAAGAUCCAGCUGGACCUGCAGAGGACCCACGAGGACGAGGCUGUGAACAAGCUGCACCCACUGUGGUUCAGGUACUCCCGAGGCGUGAUGUCUCCGGGUCGCCAUGUGCGGACCCGGCUCUACUUCACCAGCGAGAGUCACGUCCACUCCCUGCUCAACGUCUUCCGCUACGGUGGCCUGCUCAGCGAGGAGAAGGAUGAGCAGUGGCGGCAGGCGAUGGAUUACCUCGGUGCUGUUUCUGAGCUCAACUACAUGACUCAAAUAGUCAUAAUGCUGUACGAGGACAACAACAAGGAUCCAUCCUCUGAGGAGCGCUUCCAUGUUGAGCUGCACUUCAGCCCUGGAGUGAAGGGAGGAGAUGACGAUGACAACGCCCCUUUGGGCUUCGGCUUCCGUCCAGCCUCAUCUGAGAAUCAUGAGAAGCAGACCAACCCAGGAAGCUUGGAGGACCUGUCCCAGGAUGCACCUGAGCGGGCCAUGCUCUCCGACCCCAUCUGCAUCCUGAAGAAGUCUCAGCUGAUUCGGAGCAGGAAGACCGGCUCCAUGGAGGUUUUGUCGGAGAGCUCGUCCAGCUCCUCGCGUGGCUCAGCCUAUCGCCUGUUCCCCUCCUGCUCUCGCCAGUCCCCUGAGGUCAAGGCCAGCGGCCUGGGGAGUCUGGUUUCGGGCCUCUUCAGCGCCGCAGGCCGGGCUGUCUCUUGCAGCGCCCCCAACCUCAGCGACCUUGGCCACGCGCUCCGGAGCCCCCGAGCACAUGAGUUGUUCUCUAUGCCGGCAGUAAAGAGAUUUUCUGUGUCAUAUGCCAGGCAUCCGACUAACGGGUUCGAAGGCUGCUCCAUGGUGCCGUCCAUCUACCCCCUGGAGACGCUGCACAACUCGCUCUCGCUCAAGCAGGUGGACGAGUUCCUCACGGCCGUCUGUGAGGACGUAGGGGACACCCACUCCAAGACUCUCAAAGCUCUCUCCGCCCUGUUUGAGUCCCAGUCCAUGGACGUCUACUCCCAGUCGGCGACGACAUCGCCUGCACCCCCCGACGCUCCACACUCACCCCUGCCCCACCCAGAGCCCCCUCUCUGCUGUCAAGAUAUCAGUAGCCCCUCCAGCACGAUGUCCAGUCCAGGGCCCCCCUCCCCUCUGUUGGACCCUUGUGUGAGUGAGUGAGGGAGACCAGACCGCUCUCUCCUUCCAUCCUACUGGGACACCUCGGAGCUGAUCAUACGCACACACACACCCCCACACACACCCCCACACACACACCCCCACACACACCCCCACACACACACCAUCCACACACACCC